ACCCCAUUGAGUGCUAUAGAAUAUGUAUUGGAGGUGGUGGAUUUGGUCUUGAUAAUGUCGGUCAAUCCCGGGUUUGGUGGACAGAGCUUUAUCGAAAGCCAAGUUAAGAAAAUCUCGGAUUUGAGAAGAAUGUGUGUCGAAAAGGGAGUAAACCCAUGGAUUGAAGUUGAUGGUGGUGUCACUCCAAAGAAUGCAUACAAGGUUAUUGAGGCUGGAGCAAAUGCUCUAGUAGCCGGAUCAGCUGUAUUUGGAGCUAAAGACUAUGAAGAAGCUAUUAAAGGAAUCAAGACCAGCAAGAAGCCAGAAGCUGUGGCUGUGUAAUGUGAAGCAACAAGCUAAAAAUAUCAUAAGACAGAUCACCGAGAUGUUUAUGUUGUUGUUGUUGUCAUUCACCAGAUUGCAUUCGACAUAAAAAUCCAUAAGAAUCAAACUCUCAAUAGUUUUGAAGUAGCUCGUUUAUACUCCGGUGUAUCAUCAUUGUCUUGUAGAUUUGGGGAUAUGCAGAUUCAAUACAUUAUGCAAUUAAUAAGAAAUAAGCUGUGUUACAUAUGUA